GGUUAAGAAUGGAGGAUCGAGUAAAUGAUUCGGAAAUUAAUAAUAAAAUAAGCAAUAAAAAGACAUGCAAAUGAGAUAGAAAUUGGGGCACUCUGAAAUUUAAGCGCGGACAUGGCGCAAACGCACAAUAGACACACAAUUUGAAUGCAAAAUUAUUAACAUUCAGAUUCAUCUUAUUUCUCUUUCUUCUUCCCUCUCUCUUUCUGUAUACGAUAUGCUUGUUGUAGUGUAUGCUUAGGCUUAGCGGAAGAAAAAUUAAACAAUGGCCAACACCGAAGAGCUUUUGGAGGAGGUGAACGCUAGUGGCAAUGGGGAUUCAUUUGGAAUGGUGAAGAGGAGGUUCAAGGAUCGAUCUCUGAAAGUUGUUCAAACAAGGGAGAUCAUGUCGAAAAAGGCAGUUCAGACGAGAGAGAUGUUGUCUAAACAGGCUGUUAAGAUCGCUAAACAAGCAGAGGAACAUGAAAGAUUUAUUAAUAAGGUGACACAUCUUCUGGGCGUUCUUGGGUUCGGGGGCUUUUGUUUCCUAUUGGGAGCAAGGCCCCAAGAUAUUCCUUAUGUAUAUUGUUUGUUCUAUGUUAUCUUUGUUCCUCUUCGGUGGAUAUAUUAUCGGUAUAAAAAAUGGCAUUACUAUCUUCUGGAUUUUUGCUAUUAUGCCAAUACAAUCUUCUUGGUUGAUCUUCUUCUCUAUCCAAGAAAUGAAAAGUUUUUCAUGGCUUGCUUCUCAUUUGCUGAGGGGCCUUUAGCGUGGGCAUUGAUUGUUUGGCGUUGUAGCUUGGUUUUCAAUUCUGUUGACAAAAUUGUUAGUGUCCUAAUACAUCUUUUGCCUGGGUUAGUGUUUUUCACCAUUCGAUGGUGGAAUCCAGAAACCUUUGCUGCUAUGCGUCCAGAAGGAGCAUCUCAAAGGGCAUCAUGGCCUUAUGUGGAAGACACUUCCUACCUUUUAACUUGGCUGUUUUGGGUUCCUUUAGCCGCUUACACUCUGUGGCAAGUUCUUUAUUUUCUCAUUGUUAAUGUCCUCCGUCGACAGAGGCUUUUACGAGAUCCUGAAGUCAUGACUUCAUACAGGGAACUGUCGAAAAAGGCACAGAAAGCAAACAAUGUAUGGUGGCGUUUAAGUGGUUUGCUGGGGGAUCAGAAUCGCAUGUUCAUGUACAUUGCUUUCCAAGCGAUUUUUACCGUGGCAACCAUGGCACUCACUGUCCCCAUCUUCUUGUCAUACAGAUUGCAUGUAAUAUUCCAAAUUCUCAAGGUUUCUGCAUCUGUAUGGAAUGGAGGAAGCUUUUUGCUAGAAGUGAUGCCUAGACAGGUGAUUCUCAAGGAGAAAAAGAAAACAGAGAUGCAACCAGUACAAUCUGAUCAACUUGAUCGAUCCCCUGUUGCUACAGGAAAACACCAAGAAAGUUGAUGACUCCACAGAGAUGGAAAAUACAAUGCAAACCAACAAUUUUACAGAGACAUAGUUACAACUUAUGUCCACGUAUAGUCUUUUGACAGCCCUGAUAGAUCUCAAUACUUGCAGGUUUUCUUUUUUCUUUUAUUUUGCUUUUUGGUUUUGUUAUUCGGCUGGGUUGGGUGACAGUGGAGAAGGUAUCAACAGCUGAGCUGCUACAGUGGAAAAUGGUCGUGUUUGUGAAAGAAGGAAACUAUAAUGAUUGUUUUGAUAAGUUUGGUGCUGACCUUAUUUGAAACAUGUGAAUUUGUAUAUUCUUUUGUUGUAUGCUUACAAGUUACAACAAACCCAGAUUUUGUUUAAUUAUGUUCAUAAUCUAGUAUAUGAUGUCUUGGAUGAAA